GUGCGCGCAUCACGCGUGGAGAGGACUGCGGGGAAUGAGGAUGACGGCCAACAGCGACGCUUAUAUAUAAAGCGCCCACCGCUACAAGGAUUGGCACCGUAGAUUUAGUUGAAUAAUAAUCCAGCAGGAAGCAGCCGCGGUUCAUUGUUAUACCGAAGGCGGCAGUGAACGAGUCCAUUGCUGCAUGUCUUUGUGUUAAAGUGAAGAACUGCGGUGCAUAUACUGCAGACAGCAGAGAAAACCGGUUGGAGGAGGUGAACGGGUUCAGGCCUGGACUGGAGGAGCUGGUGUGACGUAGCAGUCCACCAACACACUCGCGCGCCGGCCGCUGCUGCCUGCCAGGAUCUCAGUUUAGGGAAAUGACCGCGAGUGACCUCAAAGGAAACACUGUAUUUUAGCGUCUGUUCGCAGUUUCGUUUUAAAGGACAUUAUAGUAAAAUAUACGACAUAAUUUAGCCACAUAUUUUAGAUUAACAUACGUUACAUCAAGACGUUAGCUGGUCGCAAGAGUGCCUCAUUACCUUACAAGACGGGCUAGUAUUAGCUGGCUAAGCUAAAGUAGCCCGGUUGGUCACUGCUAGCGGCCGGGGAUCUUACGUUUUGUUCCCCCCACAGAUGCUAAGCUAAGCUAGGCUAGCUGCUGCCAUGGAUAAAGCCAAGUCAAUGGUGGACAAGAAAGGAGCGUCGGGACCUUUUCAUGUCAACAAUGGGCAGAGCCAGAGGGUUUUUCACGGCCAUGUCAUGGUGGCCACUAACGGCAGCAGCUGCUGCAGCAGCAGCAACGCUUUCGGCUCAAGCAGCGUACCCAGCGGAAGCGGCACGUUUGAAAACAUGCAUCAUCUGCACGAUGCAGAGUGCAACGGGUCCCCGGCCAAGAGGUGCAGGCUACGGAGGAGGACAGAGUCUGUGAGGCGGCACAGACCACCCUUCCCCUGGUUUGGUAUGGACAUUGGUGGGACCUUGGUCAAGCUGGUGUACUUUGAGCCAGUCGAUAUAACGGCAGAGGAAGAACAGGAGGAAGUGGAAAACCUCAAGUCAAUCCGCCGCUACCUCACCUCCAACGUGGCCUAUGGUAAAACAGGUGUGCGUGACGUUCACCUGGAGCUGAGGAACCUGACCAUGUGCGGCAGGACAGGAAACCUGCACUUCAUUCGCUUCCCAACACAGGCUAUGCCGCGCUUUAUUCAGAUGGGACGGGACAAGAACUUCUCCAGCCUGCACACGACACUCUGCGCCACUGGAGGCGGAGCCUACAAGUUUGAGAAUGACUUCAGAACAAUGGCUGACCUGGAGCUGCUUAAGCUGGACGAGCUGGACUGCUUGAUUCGUGGGCUGCUGUUUGUCGAUCGGGUGGGCUUCAACGGACACCCUGAGUGCUACUACUUCCAGAACCCAUCAGACACCCAGAGCUGUGUGAAGAAGCCCUGCACCUUGGACAACCCCUUCCCUAUGCUGCUGGUCAACAUCGGUUCAGGGGUCUCCAUACUGGCAGUGUAUUCCGAGGACAACUACAAAAGGGUGACUGGGACCAGUCUGGGAGGUGGUACAUUCCUGGGGCUUUGCUGUCUGCUGACAGGCUGCGAGACGUUUGAGGAGGCUUUGGAAAUGGCUAGCAAAGGUGAUUCUACAAAUGUGGACAAACUGGUGAAAGAUAUCUACGGGGGAGACUACGAGAGAUUUGGCCUACAGGGCUCUGCUGUAGCAUCCAGUUUUGGUCACAUGAUGAGCAAAGAAAAGCGAGACAGCAUCAGUAAGGAGGACCUGGCCAGAGCCACGCUGGUCACCAUCACUAAUAACAUAGGAUCCAUAGCACGCAUGUGUGCAGUCAACGAGAAAAUCGAACGUGUGGUGUUUGUUGGGAACUUCCUUCGUAUCAACACAGUGUCCACAAAGCUGCUAGCCUAUGCCAUGGACUUCUGGUCUAAAGGCCAACUAAGAGCCCUCUUCCUGGAACAUGAGGGUUACUUUGGAGCUGUGGGAGCACUGAUGGAGCUGCUCAAGACAACAGAGGACCCCUGAAAGAAAUUCUGUCAGGACAACAUCAACAUCUUGACAAGACGAUGUCACCUGCCCUUGGAGGCCGUGAUGUCAUCAACUCUUAAUGCUGUGACAUCGACAACUUUUGAAGCUGCUGAAAGGUCCCAUUCGUAGAGGCCACUAAAGGAACACUAAGAGAAAACACAGAAACUGAUAAAAGCCAUUUUUAAUAAUUUAACACCUGUAAAUAUUGACGACCUCUAACAUCCAUCUCCUAAAUUUCCCAUGAUCCCCUUAUCAUAGAGGUUUUAAUAUUGUAAUCUUUUAUUUAUGGUUUCCGUUAAUGGGGUCUGCUGAUUUCUGUAAUCAGCCCUGUGUCAGGAAGCAGAGACACAAAGUAUUUUAGUGUAUUUUGUUAUUGUGUGUUUGCGUGAAUAGCUACUGUAGCAUUAUGUCCUGGGGACAGUAGUGCACUGGGAAACAGUUUGUGCAGCAGUUCUUAAAAAUAGGAUACCUUUGCAGAAAAAGUUACUCCUGAAUGAGGGAUUUUUACCACCAGCAACUCAAGGAAGUUCCUUUUGUUCAACUGCAGAAACAUCACUGAGGGGUCGGGCAGCAGUUUGUUGCACAAAAAGUAGCCCAUUACACUACUGUUUCUAAGGAGUGCACUGAAGCCAAAUCCUGUUGAGAUUCAUGCAUUACCUGCCUCCUUCAGCUCUGAUGGGAAGCAAAAAAAAAAAAAGAAAAGAAAAAAACCACAAACAAAAAAAUGGUCUUUAAUUCUUUAUUUUGCUUCACUGCACAUGGCCUUUGCUUUUUGUUUGUCUCUCCUUUGUCUGCCUAUAUGUAAGCAAAACUAGCAUCACCAGGUUGCCAUGCAUUCAUACUCAACCUGCUGAGUUUAGUGUGAGGUGACGGGACCAAGACGUCUUCCAACAGAUUGAAGUGCAUCAUUGAUUUCUGUUCUGUUCUGGCUGCCGUGGCCAGAACUACUGUUGAGGACCCAGUCUGACUCAGCUACUUGUGUUUGUGAUGUAUGAAAUACUCGCUCUCAUCCUUCCUUUUUUUUUUUUUUUUUUUU